AUAAGGAAGGAGAUAUUGGAUGUGAAUGUGGAGGACGAUGGCGAUGAUGAAGAGGAUGUCUUGUAAGUGAUGCCAUUGGAGCGACUGGGAAUGACUGACCGCCAUCGUUGAAAACAGGUCAUUCACUACGUUUGUUCAAUUGAGUCUGUUGUGCAGCGACCUCCAACUUUCAACAUCUUCACAAAACAGGCAUUGAGAAAUGGCAUAUAGAAGUCAGUCGUUGCUAAUUCAGUCCCAACUUCAACCACCACCUGCGGACUCCUUGAGGCCACCCAACGCCAACUCCUCCAGCAUGGUGCUGUCGAGAACUUUCAUUCUCUGUCUCUUGCUUGCAGCUGCAGAGGUCUUUGGCUUCGCAGAGAAACUGCGCCGUGCAGUAGAAGGCGCCCAUGGAAUUGAUGCCGUCUUCGACUAUGUCGUCGCCGGCGGCGGCACUGCAGGGGUGACUGUGGCAGCUCGCUUGGCUGAACAUGGGUUCAGCGUGGCCCUCAUUGAAGCGGGAGACUUCUACACAUCAGCCUAUCCUCUGGCGCAGAUGCCUGGCGUGGCCGUCAUUGGAACUGGGGCGAAUGUGGAAACGGCGACGCCGAUUGACUGGAAAUUCGUUGCAAGAGAUAUUCCAGGGGCCAACCAUCGUGAUAUACAUUAUCCCAGAGGCAAAUGCGUUGGGGGAUCCUCGGCAAGCAACUUGAUGAUAUACACUCGACCCGAUACUGGGACAAUGGCACGCUGGGCAGAGCUAGUCCAGGACAGCAGUUAUACCUUUGAUCGCGUUCUGCCAUUUUUUCAGCGCACGGCCGCUUUCACGCCCCCCGAGAACGAGCAGCGUCCUUCAAAUGCCUCGGCAAGUUCUAACCCGGCUGCAUUCGCCGAGGGCGAACCGCUGCAGGUGUCAUAUCCCGUGGACAGUAUCGCAUUUUCCAGUUGGAUGGAGAGUGGAUUGCAUAAUAUUGGAAUCGACGAGGCCCAAGACUUCAAUAGUGGCACGUUAUUAGGCUCUCAGUACUGCAGUUUGACCAUACAUCCAUCUGAAAGGAUUCGGAGUAGCUCUUGGGCCGCCUUCGGGCAGAAUGGCGAUCGUAUAUCUACGAUGAAACUAUAUAGGACCACAAUGGCGAAGAAAAUCCUCUUCGACUCCAAGAAGAGAGCGACUGGGGUGGAGGUGCGGACUGAGAACUCGACAUCAACUUACACUCUGCACGCCAAGCGCGAGGUUAUCGUCUCUGCGGGUGUUUUUCAUAGCCCGCAGCUUCUCAUGGUAUCAGGGAUUGGGCCAACAGAUGCGUUGAGCGAGCAUAACAUACAAAAGAUUGCCAACCUUCCCGGUGUCGGACAGAACAUGUGGGAUCAUGUCAUGUUCGGGCCCUCAUAUCGAGUUGCUAUGCAGACUUUAACUAGGGUUGCUACUGAUCCUGCUUUUCUCGCCCAACAGGUCGUUGAAUGGACUACUGGGCGACAGGGCUUGAUGACGAAUCCAGGCGCGGAUUACCUGGCUUUUGAGAAUAUCCCAGAGUAUCUACGCGGAGGCUUCUCCGAAGAGACGAACAGGAAUCUAUCGUGGUUCCCUCUCACUUGGCCAGAAGCAGAGGUCGAACAACAUCAACCCACAGACGGCGCACAAUAUGCGACUAUUCUAGGCGUACUAGUCGCACCCACAUCUCGCGGAAGCAUCACCAUCACCUCCGAUGAUACAGAGGACCUGCCCAUCAUCAACCCGAACUGGCUUGCGACGGAGUCGGACGCGCAAGUCUCUAUUGCCAUAUAUAAACGAAUUCGCGAGGCGUUUCAGGCCAUAGAUCCUAUAGCCGAAGGCGACGAAUACUUCCCCGGCAGCCAGUUCCAAACCAACGAGCAGCUCCUCGAAGUCAUUCGCGAUACCGUCAUGACCAUCUACCAUGCUGCCUGCACAUGCAAGAUGGGAACCCGCAAUGAUCCAAUGGCUGUCGUGGACAAUCGGGCGAGAGUGUUUGGAGUGAAAGGACUGAGGGUGGUUGACGCCAGUGCGUUUCCGCUUCUACCUCCGGGGCAUCCUCAAUCGGUCGUCUAUAUGCUGGCGGAGAAGAUAGCAGCUGAUAUCAUAGGCGGUUCUCGUUAAGUGAGAAUUGGGGUCGUUGUCCGGUACUGGAAAUCCUAGUAAAUGCUGAUCCCUCAUCAAUAAGGUUGGGAGGGCAAGUAGUGUGCAGUUAGUUCCCUGUUGUCUAAGGAUUUACCAGCAUAUAGUACGGCUUACUAAAAUAGCAGGGAGGGAAGAAAAUAGCGGGAU